AUGCUACAGAAAAUUCAAGAGCAGACGGACAAUCAAAUUAUACAAUGUGUUAAAGAAGAUAUUAAAGAUAAAUCCUUUUUCUAUGAACCAGAAAUCAACAAAUUUACGCUACGAUUCAACAAACCUCACAUGGAGGAUGAUUUCCGAAAUCAUUAUUUGGAGAGUCAAUUUGGAAAGGAGGAGACAGUUGCCUCCCCUCGUACCCACUCUUUAAUUGAAUCCACGCUAUCGUUAAUCGUGUUCAUUUUAGUGUCAAUAUGUUGCUAUACUAUGUUCGGAGCUCACCUAGUCUUAAAUAUAGUAUUCAUUAUAUCGUUGAUUAUUGAAUUAGUCGUCCUUAUACAGUCUGUAACAGACGUCAAAUAUGGAUUAAAGAAGAAAGAAAAAUGUGGUUCGUUGAUGCAUAUUCUAUCAGGAUGGUAUUUCCGUAAUUUUAUGGGAGCUGUUAUUGCUAGUCUACCACUAAUUACCGUGUAUUCUAAUUUAUCAUGUGCUCUAGCUACUAAUGACGAAUGGAGAGACAGAUUUUUCUGUUUCGCUAUCAUUGUUUCGUUACUGCAUUUCUGUAAUUUUACUAUGCUGAGUGCAUGGGUCAAAUCAGUGAUAGUAGUUUUAGCUGGAAUAACCUUACUCAUUUUACUCAAUGUACGUUUCUGUCCACUUAACUCUGUGUACAAUGUCAACAGAACCGUGCCCAGUCUGGCUGAUCACCUUUUCUCUGGACAAAAUACUCUACGUUAUGAAAUUAUAUUGGAUAUUAUACUGUUAUUGUUAUUAAUUCUCUUUAUGAGUCGUGAAUUUGAUGUCAGUUAUCGAUUGAGUUAUUUUGGAAGUGUUCAGGCCGAUGCUGACAGACGUCAGAUGCAAGAAAACAAAGAGCAGGCAGAGUGGUUGCUUCAUAACAUUAUUCCUGAUCAUAUCUCAGAACAAGUGAAGAAAACAUCAACAUAUUCAAAAAAUCAUAAAGAUAUUGGAGUCAUUUUUGCCACAAUUGUAAAUUUUAAUGAAUUUUAUGAUGAAUCUUAUGAAGGUGGACGUGAAUAUUUACGAGUUCUGAACGAACUAUACAGUGAUUAUGAAGAUUUGUUGGAUGAAGUACGUUUUAAGGAUGUAGAAAAGAUUAAGACAAUCAGCAGUACAUUUAUGGCUGCGUCUGGUCUAAACGAAAUUAAACGUUUAGACAACCAGAAUCCUAAUGCUCAUUUGUAUGCUCUUAUGGAGUUUUCUCAAGAACUUUUGCAAAAGAUUCAGCAAUUCAAUGAGAGCAUCUUUAACUUUAAUUUUCGUUUAAAAAUUGGUUUCAAUUUUGGUGAGGUCACUGCUGGAGUUAUUGGAACAACCAAGCUUUUAUAUGAUAUCUGGGGUGAUACUGUGAACAUUGCUAGUCGUAUGUACUCCACGGGUGUUGAAGACAGAAUUCAAGUUCCUGAGGCAGCAGCUGAGUUGCUUGGUGACAAAUUUGAGUUUUCCUAUCGUGGAGAAAUCACUGUGAAAGGUAAAGGAGAAAUGAAGGCAUAUAUAUUGGAGAGGAAACUUCCUGGUGCAACCUGGAAUUAA